AUGGUUCUUGAUGCUGAAUCCUCCUUCUCAACAACGCUUCUUCUUUCAUGUGUGUUUCCUAAUAGUUUCGCUUUUAUGAGGUUAUUACAAAACGCUCAUCACUUCUCUUCUGUCUCUAACGACGACAACAACAGCAAGAAAGACAUUCGCUUAGGAUCUGAUCAUCAAGUAAAAGAUAAUCAUCACCGAGUUUGUAGGAGAGAUUGUAGUUUCAUGGACAAUCAAGAAGAGCCAAGAAGUACUACUUCUAGGUUAAGCUCCAAGGACGACAACAACAACAACAAUAAUAAUAAUACCAACAACGAAGACAACGAUCAUGAGAUGAGACAAGAAGGGUGGCUCCAGUUAAGCACAGGCCACGAGGAUGAUCAUAGACCGGAUCUUGACAAUAAACAUCAAACCAAUCAAACGGCUGGGAGAGACUCUUUUCUAGAGCUUAACCUUUACUCUGGAGGUUCAAAUAGAGAAGAAAGAGUUGGUCUUCCGUUAAUGUCAUCUAUCUUUCAUCAUCAGCAUGAACCAGGAGGGAUGAUGAUUAAUCCAUUGAUGUUCCCUACCAGGCCUGAUCAUGAGACUAUUGGUUCUUGGUCGGCUGCAUUUAGGACGCCUUUUGUUCCACAAAACCUAGUGCAACCAUCAUCUUCAUCUGCUUCUUUGAUGAUGCCAUUCAUAGGACCUUACUUUGGUCGUUCCAAUUUUCAGCAGCAGUUAAUAGGGAACAAUAAUAAUAAUAAUAAUAAUAAUAAUAAUAAUCCGGAUGUGGUGGCUGGUCCAAGCUCGAGUUUUCGAGUCAUUGAUCCUCCCAGACGACCCCAUUCCGGCAUUUGGUUCCUCCUUCAAGCUUCUCAAAACCAGACAAGAGAACCAUUCUUGCCUCAGAUACCCAAGAGCUACUUGAGAAUCAAGGACGGGAAGAUGACUGUUCGACUAUUGAUGAAAUAUUUGGUGACCAAGUUGAGAUUGGAGCACGAAUCCCAGGUAGAGAUAAGAUGCAGAGGGCAAGAACUGGAGCCAGUGUUGACACUACAACACGUGAGAGAUACAAUCUGGAGAGGAAGCAGAGACAACUCUUCUAUUUCACAAAACCUUAUUACUUUGCUUCCAAACUCAUCUACCUCUGAUCAUCUCAUGGUCCUUCAUUAUGGUAGGACUCUUUCUUAAAAACCAUUAUAUAUUCCUAUUUAUUUUUUAACACCAUAUUAUUCUCAAUAAAAACAACCGCCCACCCUUUCUUUUUUCUUAACUCAACAGCCCACCUUCUUCAAUUGUCUUCUUCCCUCUCUUUUUUUUGGCUGGGUGGUUUUGAUUAUUUUAUUUAUCCUUAAGGCCUUUUUUGUGAGAUUUGUCGAAUGAUCAAUCAAGAACAAAUGAGUAUCUAAUUCAGUAGGAGUAGCAUGCCUCCGAUUGAUGUUUUUAUUGUUGUAUCUUCUGGGGCUGCGAGUUACAUUAACGCAUGAAAGAUGUAUUCAUAUUUUUUUUUUUUGAUCAAGAUGUAUUCAUAUUUAUAUGCAUUGUUUU